AUGGGUCCACCGUCACUCGGGCAGCAUCUGCCGAGCUUCAACGUCGUACUCUUCACUUUCCAAGUUGUAGUCGCCAUUGGUGUCUUUUUGUUUGCUCCUGAAGGAUCUUGGGAACCUUCACACGCUUCUUACACCGACUCUAGCGGAUCUCUAGUUCUUCCACCUUCCACGAUCCCCACAGCGUCUACUUCGAUGCCAAACAAUCCAUUGUCUCCUCCAGUCUACGUGUUCUAUAUUUGGGUACCCAUCUACGUCUUCUCGGGCAUUACCGUCAUCACGGACCGUUUCUAUCCGACCUACAGCUUUUACUUGACGUCAGAUGACCCGAGCUUUCUUCGUCAAUGGUUUCAACUCUCUUGCUUGGCUAAUAUGUCCUGGGUGGCAUUGGACAAGUGGUUGAGCUGGGUACACAUGGCUACAUUUUCUCUUGGAGUCCUCUGGUGUACUAUUCUACCUCUCUACCUCUUCGUAGUGCGUCACCCGACACCGAGAUAUUCACAAGCUUGGGUCUAUUACUUUUGCAGUGAAUUCUCCGUGCGACUUUAUUUCGGAUGGCUCAGUGCUGGCUUUAUAUUUGGACUCGCAGAUGUGAUGCAGUAUCUGCACGCAGCUUAUUUCGGAUUCAAUGUCUACGCUGUUUUGUUGGGGACCCUGCUAGUGCUGGCGUUUGGUACUUAUGUCCAUGGGAGGGACCCGGUGGUGGGUCUAGUUAUCACAUGGGCUCUGAUCGGCUUUAUCUUUAAGCACUCGACAUUCCCAGACGAUACACAGGAGGUUUUUGAGAAGCUGCAGGCUGUUGCCAUUGUCGUCACGCCUGUAUUUCCGAUUCUUAUGCUUAUCGACAGCGUUCAAUAUGUCUAUGUCGUCCAUUGGAAAGCAAGUACAAGAGUACCGAGUAGUAGCAACGAAUACUUCAAACCAUUUGAGUUUGAGACCACAGCCGAGUAUGGGACAGUGUGA